AUGGUGGCCAUCAUAGCCGAUUAUCCUGGCCUACUCCCUGUAUCAAAGGUUCUGACAGAGAAGAAUAACCAGCUAUCCAAAGAGCUGGAGGAGUGCAAGGUCCAACUGCGGGCCGCAAUUGCCGUGAUGGAGGAGUCUACGAAGGUCCCAUCUGGAGAGUCCCGCCUCCUCACCGCCAAGGCCGCCGCCGCCCGCCGCCUCGAGCGAUGCCUCCUCCUCCUCGAGCGCUACGCCGCAGACCUUGCCUCCCGCGCCCUCGCCACCCGCGCUGACAUCGACGCCACCCACGCGCGCCGCCUCGCCGUCGCCCGCAACAUCAGCUCGGCCAACGGCGAGAUCGAGGAUGCGCAGCAGAAGGCGGAGGAGUGGGACCACUUCUACGAGUCCAAGAGGAAGGAGAUGGAGGAGUUCCGGCCAGUUCCGGGCGAUGUUGCAGCGGGAGCUCGUCAGGAAGUGCAGAGGCUCAAGCCCUCUGCAUCUCAACUGCAGGCAGCCAUGCAGGAGCUGCAGAGCAGCGGGUUGCACUCGGACGACGCCGGGAUCGGGGCUGCGGAAGCCAGGAAGACCGACCUCAUGGCUAAGAAGGCCAAGCUGGACGAGACCCUGGCUGCAACCCGCCAGUUCAGAGCACUGCUUCGGUAGUAGCUCCAGAAAGCCUUCGCGUCACAGGUUUGGGAUCAAAAGGCAGCACAAAACUGA